AUGUUGCUGCUUGCAGGAAUAAUUUUAGCCACAUCUGUCGCAAGUGCUGAAAAACCUGUUUGUCAGCCGUAUGGGUCACAAGAAUUGCCUCAAUUUUCAAAGGAAGGGGACAUCAAAAUAGGAGGAAUUUUGUCAUUCCAUAAAAAUCCUAUUAUUUUGAGGCAAACAUUUAAAGUAAACCCAGGGAAUAUCAAAUGCGAAGGGUUAAAUCCAGGAGAAUUACAAUAUGCGCAAGCUAUGAUCUUCACAAUUGAAGAAAUAAAUAACAAUUCCGACCUUCUUCCUGAUGUUUCUCUGGGUUAUAAGAUAUAUGAUUCCUGUCGCUCUGUAGCUUUGUCUAUAAAAGCAUCACUGGAGUUAAUGAAUGAGAAGGAAAUAGAUCCUCUGUCUGACCUGUCCUGCACCAAACCGGCAGAUGUCCAAGCAGUCAUAGGAGACUCCAGUUCAACACCAACAAUAGGAAUUGCAACAACUGUUGGACGUUUUCAUAUACCAAUGAUCAGUCAUUUGGCUACCUGUGCCUGUCUCAGUAAAAGAAACAAGUUUCCAACCUUCUUCAGGACAAUUCCCAGUGAUUAUUACCAAAGCAGAGCGCUGGCAAAGCUUGUGAAGCACUUUGGAUGGACCUGGGUUGGGACCAUUAGAAGUGACAAUGAUUAUGGCAACAAUGGGAUGGCUACAUUUGUUCAAGCCGCCCAGCAGGAGGGGAUUUGCAUUGAAUACUCAGAGACAAUUUACAGAACCGAUCCAAGAGAUAGAUUCCUUAAAGUUGUAGAUGCGAUUAAAAAAUCAACCUCAAAAGUAAUUGUUGCAUUUGCAGCUGAUACAGAUAUGGAUGUAUUAAUUAAAGAACUAUUCAUUCAGAACAUUACAGGUUUCCAGUGGGUGGGCAGUGAAGGAUGGAUAACAUAUGGAUACCUUGCUUCAUCUGAAGGCUAUAAAGUCCUGGGUGGGGCCAUUGGCUUUGCAAUUCCAGAAGCAGAAAUACCAGGUUUUAAGGCAUUUAUUCUAAAUUCACAGCCAUCAAAUAUACCUGGAAACACAGGCUUAAAUGAGUUUUGGGAGAGUAUGUUCAACUGUAGCCUUAUUUCCAAAACUAGUGGGAAAACUAAACCAUGCAGAGGAACAGAGAAUCUAAAAGAAAUAAAUAACCAAUACACUGAUGUAUCAGACAUGAGGAUAUUGAAUAAUGUACAUAAAGCAGUGUAUGCUAUAGCCCACUCAUUACACAAUCUCCUGAAAUGCACAAAUGAGCAAGAAACUUUAAAUGGCAAGACAUGUGCAAACAAAAGUAACACAGAACCAUGGCAGGUGCUUCAAUACUUGUCAAGAGUUAACUUUACAACCAGGAGUGGAGAGAAGGUGUAUUUUGAUGAAAAUGGGGAUCCUGUAGCACGAUAUGCAAUAGUAAACUGGCAGCAGAACAAGCAGGGAAUCACCACUUUUCGUGUUAUUGGUCUAUAUGAUGCUUCUUUACCAGAAGGACAACAGUUUGUAAUGAAUCGCGUCAGUGCUGUGUGGGCAGGUGAUCAUGAUGAGGUGCCGAAGUCGGUCUGCAGUGAGAGCUGCCUUCCAGGGACUCGUAAGGCCAUUGAGAAAGGGAAGCCAGUCUGCUGCUUCAUCUGCAUCCCCUGUGCAGAGGGAGAGUUCAGCAACACUACAGAUUCAUUGGAGUGUUUUAAGUGUCCUUUGGAAUACCGAUCAAAUGAAAAUCGAAAUCAGUGCAUUUUAAAAAGCAUUGAGUUUUUGUCUUUUGGAGAAAUAAUGGGAAUACUUUUAACAGUAUUUUCUUUGCUUGGAACUUCUCUAUCUAUAGCAAUAGCUGCUAUUUUUUUCAGAUACAGAUUUACUCCAAUAGUAAGAGCCAAUAAUUCUGAACUGAGUUUCCUUCUGCUCUUUUCAUUGACACUGUGUUUCCUCUGUUCACUUACUUUCAUUGGCCAGCCCUCUGACUGGUCCUGUAUGUUGCGCCACACAGCAUUUGGGAUCACAUUUGUCCUGUGCAUCUCUUGUGUUCUGGGGAAAACAAUAGUGGUGUUAAUGGCCUUUAGGGCUACACUGCCAGGCAAUAACAUUAUGAAAUGGUUUGGCCCCAAACAGCAAAGGUUAAGUGUUCUUGCUUUCACACUUGUACAGGUAUUAAUUUGUGUUCUUUGGUUGACAACAUCACCUCCUUUUCCCAACAAGAACACAAAAUAUUAUGCAGAGAGAAUCAUUCUGGAGUGUGACCUGGGAUCUGCAGGUGCAUUCUGGGCUGUGUUGGGUUAUAUAGGAUUCCUCUCUGCCAUGUGCUUUGUGCUCGCUUUCCUGGCUCGGAAUCUGCCUGAUAACUUCAAUGAAGCCAAAUUCAUUACAUUCAGCAUGCUCAUAUUCUGUGCUGUCUGGAUCACCUUUAUCCCAGCUUACAUCAGCUCUCCUGGGAAGUAUACAGUAGCUGUGGAAAUAUUUGCAAUUUUGGCUUCUAGUUUUGGAUUGCUAUUGUGUAUUUUUACACCAAAAUGUUAUAUUAUUAUAUUAAAACCAGAGAAAAACACGAAAAAACAUAUGAUGGGUAAGGUGCCUUCAAAAUCACUCUAA